CCUACAUCAUCCUUCCAAUCUUCCUCUCCAAUACAGAAGCAACAAUGUCUAAGUCGUGGGAGCAACGCGCGCAAGAGAAACGCGAGGCGAUCCUCGCAGCUAUUCCGCAGGAAUGGCGCAUCGAGAAUCCUCCGCUAGUGGAAGAGCAGGUCGAUGUCACGGGGAAAUUCGUGCAGCAGUUUCUGAGCGAGAGGGAGGUCGAGAUUACGGAGACGACGGCGGAUGAGAUCGUCAAGCGCACUGUGUCAGGGCGAUGGAGCGCGGAGGAGGUCACGAGGGCUUUUUGCCAUCGUGCUGCGAUUGCUCACCAACUACUCAACUGCCUGCACGAGAUCUUCUUCGACGCAGCCAUCGCUUCCGCGCAAGCCCUCGACGCGUACUACGCCGCGCACAAGAAGCCCAUCGGCCCGCUGCACGGCCUGCCCGUCAGCCUCAAAGACCAGUUCCACGUCAAGGACGCGGAGACGACGAUGGGCUAUGUGGGCUGGAUCGGCACGUUUGAGGGGAAGACGGGGACGGGGAAGGAAAAGAGCUUCGAGAGCGAGAUGGUGCGGGAGCUGAGGGCUUCAGGGGCGGUCCUGUAUUGUAAGACGAGUGUCCCGCAUACGCUCAUGAGUGGGGAGACGGUGAAUAAUAUCAUUGGGUAUACGUUGAAUCCGAAGAAUAGGAGGCUGGCUGCUGGCGGGUCGAGUGGCGGCGAGGGCGCGUUGAUUGGGAUUAGAGGGUCGCCCCUGGGCUUUGGAACAGACAUUGGCGGCUCGAUCCGUAUCCCAGCCGCAUUCAACGGGCUCUACGGCAUCCGCCCCUCCACGGGCCGCAUGCCCUACGAAGGCAUGGCCAACUCCAUGGACGGCCAGAACAGCAUCCUCUCUGUUGUCGGACCGCUCGCCACCAGCGUCCCCUCCCUGCGCCUCGUCAUCAAAGCCCUGCUCGCCCAGAAGCCCUGGCUCCACGACCCGCUCGUGCACGAGCUCCCCUGGCGCUUUGACAAAGAACGAGAAAUCUUGGAACUCCUCGGUGCAAGCGGCGACGCCAGCAAAGCCGGGAAACUCUCUUUCGGCAUCCUCCGAACAGACGGCAUCGUGAACCCUCUCCCGCCGAUCCGCCGAGCCAUGGACAUCGUGGUCCAAGCGCUCGAAGGCCUAGGCCAUGAGGUCAUAGACUGGAAACCCCCCUCGCACAAAACCCUCCUGGACGAAGCAUUCAAAACCUGGGUUUUCGACGCAGGGACCGAUGUGAAAUCCGCAUUCUCGCUCUCCGGCGAGCCCAUGUCCGACCAAAUAUCCUUCUACGCGUCGCUGGCGAAGGAAUACUCCGCGAGCGAAGUCGCCGCAACGAACGUGCGCCUGCGCCAGCUCAAGAAGGAGUACAUGGAGUACUGGAACAGCACCGAGCAGGUAACGAGUACGGGAAGGCCGGUGGAUGCGGUGAUCUGUCCGCUGGCGCCGUUCCCGGCGGCGAGACCGAAGAUGUACACGUAUUAUGGGUACUCGACGUUUGUGAAUGCGCUGGAUUAUACGAGUGUGGUGGUGCCGGUUACGAAUGUGGAGAAGGCGGUGGAUCGGGUGGAUGAGGGAUAUAGACCGAUUGAUGGGCUGGAUAAGGGGGUUUAUGAGAGCUAUGAUCCCGAAAUCUACGACGGUGCACAUGUCAGUUUGCAGUUGGUGGGGCGGAGAUUGCAGGAGGAGAAGAUGCUAGCCAUUGCCGAAUAUGUUGGGAAGGCUAUAGGAAAGUGAGUGGAGCUUAGUUGUAUUCCUCCUCCUACUACUACUCAUAUAUGCCUCCUCGCAUUUUACUAGGAGCGAGGUCAUCUCGUCCUAGCGGUCGUGGAUGAUCCAUACAAUAACAG